AGAUAAAUAUUAUGUAACUCUUAUAUAAAUAAACUUUCAAAUAGUCAACAAUAAUUUUUUAAAAAUGGCAUCACAAAAUAAAUAUGAAUUUGGGAUGAUUCAGCAAGUCUUGCAAGCUUCUGAUUCGGAUAAGGUUGAAAAGAAAAAGAAAAAAGCAGAAGAAUGUACAAACCAAGCAUUAGUGGAAUUAUUUUCACAAAAAUCUAUUUCUAAAACAACAGAAGAUAAUAGUGGUGAUUUAGAAGCAUUGUAUAAAGAAUACAUUGAAUCUGCAAACAAAAUUGAAGAAGAAAUUAAAGAUAAAGAAGUCAAAGAUGCUCAAAAAAGAAAAAAAAAGAAAAAAGAAAAAGAAGAUCCAGAAAGACUUUCACGAACAAUAUUUGUUGGAAAUGUUUCACUUAAAGUUACAAGAAAGGACAUAAAGAAACUAUUUGCAAAGUUUGGUAAUAUUGAGACUAUUCGAAUUCGAUCAGUUCCAGUUGCAGAAUCAAAAUUACCAAAAAAAGUUGCACUUCUUCAGAAAAAAUUUCACAAGGAACGUGACAGCAUGAAUGCUUAUGUUGUAUUUAAAGAAAAGAGUAGUGCAGAAAAAGCUCUAGAAAGCAAUGGAUAUUUAUUAGAAGGAUUGCAUUUACGAGUAGACAAAGCAGAUUUUCAGAAGGUUGAUCAAAAAUUAUGUCUGUUUGUUGGAAAUUUGCCUUUUAGUUUAUCAGAUGAAGAACUACGUUCUCAUUUUAAAGAUUGUGGGAGGAUCGAAGAUAUCCGAAUAAUAAGAGAUAAAGCUACAGGACUUGGUAAAGGUUUUGGUUAUGUCAGAUUUAAGAAUAGUGAUGGUGUAAUGCUUGGUCUUAAAUUACACGAAUCAGAUUUUAAAGGAAGAAAGUUACGCGUAUUCCGAUCGAGAAACGAAAAUCAAGAAAAACGAAAAUCCAAGCCAUCUUUUCGCGGCGUUCGAACGACAUCAAAGAAAGAGUUUGAAAAAGUGUUAAGAAGCGAAGGUCCAAAACGAGGCUCUAAAGCCUCGAACGCCCUUUACAGAAUUCAACAUAAACACCAGAAGCAGAUUAAAAAUAAGCAAGCAAAAAACAACCAAAAAAAUAUGCGCAAAAAAGGAAUGAAAGGUUCAAAGAAAUCUAAUAAAACUUAAAAUAAAAUUUUAAAUAAAA